AUGAUGAAGCACCAGGUCCUCGUGUGCGGCAGCAACGACUCAGGUCAGCUAGGAAUCGGGACAGUGCAGGACAGCAACGAGCUGGUGCCGGUGGGCGGGGCGUCCAACAUCGCGCACCUGGCCUUCGGGGACGCGCACGCGGCUGCGUGCACGCAAGACGGCGAUGUGUACGCGUGGGGCUCGUGCGAUUCGGGGGUGCUAGGGGACGGGGCGGAGAAUGGGGAGUGCGCAGCGCUGCCGAAGCGCGUGCAGGCUCUGGAGGGAUUCAUGGCGGAGCGCGUGGCAUGCGGGGCAGCCCACACUGUGGUCUGUGCGCGCAACGAUGUGCUCGCGUGGGGGAACAACGAGCACGGAGAGUGCGCGCAGCCGGAAGAUAUCCUCACUGUCAGGCGGCCGAAGAUCGUGCGCGCCCUGAAGGGCGUCCGCAUAUCCGCCGUCACGUGCGGGGAGUGGCACACGCUGGCGCUCGCGGCGACGGGGCAGCUGUGGGCGUGGGGCGCGAACGAGUCCGGGCAGCUCGGCCUCGGCCACUUCGAGGAGAUGCGCGACGCCGUGCCCGUCGAGGCCAUGUGGGGCCUGGCCAUCACUGCCGUCGCCGCCGGAGAGGCGCACUCGUGCGCGCUGACGUCCGGCGGCAGCGUCUUCACGUGGGGCCGCAACAACGCCGGCCAGCUCGGGCUGCGCGAGGACGCCGCCGCCGCGGCCGUCACGGCCAAGGCGCGCGGCGGCGGCGGCGUGAAGCGGCGGUGGAUGGCGACGGGCCCGAUCAACCAGCGCAUGCUCUCGCAGCUCCUCGACAUGGGCAUCGACCGCUCCAAGGCCGAGCGCGCGCUCCUCGAGACGGGCUGCGUCGGCGUCGAAGUGGCCGCCGAGUGGCUCUUCACGCACGAGGCGCAGAUCGACCAGGACAUGCAGGAGGACGCCGAGGAGCGCGCGAACGACGAGGAAGGCAUCACGUGCCCGCGCGACCCCGCCUCCAGCGCCCUGGUGCCGACGCGGCGCCGCAGGCCCGCCGACCGCGUCGUCGGGGACCUCCGCGACCGCGCGGUGUCGUCGCCGCACCGCGUCCUGCUCCCGCCGAUGCGCUUCGUCGCCGCGGGCGGCAACCACACCGCUGCCGCGUCGGCCCGCGUGAUCUUUACGUGGGGGCUUGGCCGCUCGGGGCAGCUCGGCCACGAGGAGGUGCACGACGAGCGGCUGCCGCGGCAGAUCGACGCGCCGCUCACGGGCGCGACGUUCCUCGCGGUCGCGUGCGGGCGCGAGCACACGGUCGCGCUGCUGAAGCGGCGCGGCGGCGUCGACCCGCGGGGGGACGAGAGCAGGCACGCGGAGGACGCGGCGCCGGUGGAGAUGUGGGGGUGCGGGUCGACGUCGAGCGGGCAGCUGCUCGGCGCGCACGCGCAGGACGGGAAGAUGUCGACCUUUUCGCGGCUGGCGGAGUUCCGUGUCGGCGGGGGUCGACCAGGACAGCAAGCACUCAUCGCCACGCUGUGGCGGCCGCUGGAGAACGCCAUCACGCUGCUCGAGCAGAACCCGGCCCCGCAGGAGCCCUCCUCGGACCCGCGCGUGGCCAACGUCCGCGCGUCCGCCGUCCGCGAGGUCUCCUCCCUCGUCGACGUUAUCUUCUCGUCCCCCACAGCAAUCUCAACCCUCUUCGGCCGCACGUCCACGGAGGCCGGCGCGAGCGGGACGCCCGUCGCGGCCAUCCUCGCGGCGACGCCGCAGGGCGGCGUCCCGGCCAAGCAGCCCGGCGUCGGGCUCGAUUGCGAGGCCCUGGAACGCACCUACAUCCGCCUGCUCGCGCCACGCGAGCCCGCGAUCGCAGCGGCGCUCGCGGGCGCGCAGGGCCGCCUGCUCGACGACCUCCUCCAGCGCCUCCCGCUCAUGCACUCCCCCGAGCGCGUCCAGGUGCUGUUGUCGCUAUUAAUAUCUCCGCUGCUUGCCGCGCCCGACCUGGCGACCCCGCUCGUGCCGAGGCUCUCGCGGGCGGUGUCCGGGCUGCCGGGCGCGGGGCGGUCGCUGCUCGCGCGCUGGAUCGCGCAGCUGCCGCCGUCGACGACCGUCGCGCGGCUCAUCCGGCCGGUCCAGGCGCACAUCACGCACGGGCUGCAACAGCUCCACCACCUGACGCCCGCGGCGGUCGAGGCGAUCCAGCUGCUCGCGCUCGUGUUCGACGCCGUCAAGGGCGGCGGCCACAUCAGGCUCGAGGAGUUCUACAACUCGUACGUGUCGAGAAAGCUCGAUGUCCACGACCACUAUGUGGCCUGGCGCGAACGCGGGGCCGCGUACGCCCGCACGGGCGGAGCAGGCCCCGCGGGCGCGCCCUCCCCUGAGUCCUUCUCCUUCUGCGACUUCCCCUUCCUCCUCGACGCCCGCGCCAAGGCCCAGAUCCUCCGCUGGGAGGCUCGCAUCCAGAUGCAUCAAACCGUCUCGCAGGCGCGCCAGGAGCACGUCGCGCGCGCGCUCUUCGGGCUCCCCGUCGGCGCGGACCCGUCGAACGAGUGCGUGCUCGCCACGCGGAAGCGCCGCCCGGGCGCGCGCGGGGGCCCGCAGGCCUCUGCGCCGCCACCGCGCGCGCGGCACGGCCCCGCGGGCGCGCUGCACACCAUCGGGCUGCCCGUCGGGCUCUUCGCGGGCUUCGGCGGGCUGAUCUUCGGGCUCCCGCAGGAGCGCGGCCACGGCGCGCGCGACGCCGCGCAGGCCCUGCAGCACGCGACGCAGCCCGAGGGCUCGGCGGCCCCGGAAAUGUCGCGUCCCGAGGUGGACGCGGCGCUGACGUCGGCGCCCGACGCGCCGCAGACGCCCGCGGCGUCGGGCGACAGCCGGAGCGUGCAGCCGCCGACGGACGAGCUCCCGGCGCCGCACGAGUCGGGCGUGCCUGCGGAGCAUCCCGAUUUGUGUCUGGUGCGGGUGCGGCGGUCGCGGCUGGCGGAGGACGCGCUGGAGGAGAUCGCGCGGCAGCGCCCGAGGGACCUGCGCAAGCCGCUGCGCGUGCACUUCAUCGGGGAGGAGGGCCUGGACGACGGCGGGCUGAAGAAGGAGUUUUUCCAACUGCUGGUGCAACGGCUCCUGUCUCCGGACUACGGGCUCUUCGUGUACCAGGCGGACUCGCGCUCGUACUGGCUCGCGCCGCUCCCGCCCUCCGCCGACGACAGCUCCGACACCGAGGACAUGCUCGCCGAGCACAUGCUGGUCGGACUCGCGGUAGGGUUGGCGGUGUACAACGGGGUGCUCCUGGACCUGCCGUUCCCGCGCGCCAUGUACAAGAAGCUCCUGUCGCAGGAGAUCGACCUCAGCGACUUGGAGCUCAUGCAGCCGACGGUGGGGCGGUCGCUGCGCAUGCUCCUCGACUGGGAGCCCCCUGAGUCAUGCCCUGACGCAACCCUGGCAGACACGUUCUGUCUGACUUUCACCGUCGACGUGGCGCGGUACGGCAAGGUGGUCACAGAGCCGCUGGUGCCCGGCGGGGACGAGAUGCCCGUCACAGAAGCGAACCGGCGCGCGUACGUGGACGCGUACGUCGCGCACGCCCUGAACAAGUCCGUCGCGGAGCAGUUCGCGGCGUUCUCGCGCGGGUUCCUCACUGUGUGCGGCGGACCCGCGUUGCAACUCUUCCGGCCCGAGGAGCUCGAGGUGCUGACGUGCGGGACGCCGCACCUGGACUUUGCCGCGCUCGAGGGGAACGCGACGUACGAAGGAUGGACGAAGGACCACCAGGCGGUGCGCUGGUUCUGGGAGAUCGUGCACGGCAUGACCCUCGACGAGCGCCGCCGGCUCCUCCGCUUCUUCUCCGGCUCCGACCGCGCGCCCAUUGGCGGGCUCGGCAACCUGCGGCUAGUCAUCCAGCGCGACGGACCUGACACCAUGCGACUCCCCACCUCGCGCACGUGCUUCAACGUCCUCCUGCUCCCGGAGUACUCCAGCCGCGGGAAGAUGCGCGACCGCUUGCUCAACGCCAUCCACAAUGCCGAGGGCUUCGGACUGCAGUAG